AACACAAAAUACAAAUUAAAAAUUUAAGAUCCCGACGAUUUCGUUCUAAUCGUUCUGUGCGAGUACACGAAAAUGAAUUAAAUCAACGUGAUAACUGAACUUACUAGUUUACUACUCGUAGUGAAGAGCUUGGUGAACUUAUGGCUUACAAAUUAUAAUAUUAAUUUGGUUAUCAAGUGCCUAAAAAUUAUAGAUUAAUAAUAUUACCGAAGUCAAAAGACUUGAUCAGAUUUCCCAUGCGAUACAACUAUACCGAAUAAACCAAAUUAGUAUUAUUGCCUUUUAGUCUUGCUAUUCAAAUACAAUAUUGUCGUAUUCGUUAAAACGAUGAAAAUCGAUUCGGACUUUUUACCCGAAAAACAAUGUAUAGUUAUCGAUAUUGGAACUAAGUACACAAAAUUUGGAUUUGCUACUGAACAUUCACCUAGAUGUAUCAUACCUACUUGUUGUGAAAUAGAUGGUAUACCCAUUCCUGAUAUAUAUAAAUGUAAAGAUGUACAAACACUUACUUUAGCUUUAACAAAUUUCAUACAUAUGUUAUUUUACAAAUAUGCACUUGUGGCACCUAAGGAUAAAAAAGUAAUAAUUGUUGAAUCAUUGUUAUCACCAACAACGUUUAAAGAAAUUCUUGCUAAAGUGUUGUUCAUUACUUAUGAAGUUGCAUCACUAUGUUUUGUUCCAUCACAUUGUGCUUCUUUAUUCACACUUGGAAUUUCCACCGGUUUAGUACUUGAUGUAGGAUACAAGGAAGCUAUUCUUAUACCAGUAUGUGAAGGAGUACCCGUUUUACGACUAUGGCAAGCAAUGGCAUUGGCAGGGCAAGAGGUAGAAAACCAAAUCAAAACUCGUAUUGAUAUGGGUCAAUUAUCUCCUGAUGAAUCGAUCGACAGUAUUGCUGAAGAUAUUAAAGCCAGAACAUGUUUUGUGACUACAUUAAAACGCAGCAAAAUACUAGCUACAGGUCAAAAUGUUGAACCAAAAACUACUGAUGUUGAAUAUCAUAUAAAUGGAGAAAGAUCCAUAACAAUAUCAGGAGAUGUCAGAGAAACAGUCCAUGAUGUGUUAUUCGAAGAAAAUAUUGAUGAAAUGUCUAUUACUACCAUGAUACUUGAAACCAUAAUUAAUAGUAAUGUGGAUAUGCGAUUAAAGCUUGCAGAAAAUAUUGUUCUUAUAGGUGGUACAGUAAUGGCUAAAGGUUUUAUGUCAAGAUUAAAAGAAGAACUCUUAGAAAAGCUUAAGUCUUCCAAAUAUAACAACUUAAAAAUCACAAAAUUCAAAUUUCAUAUUGCACCUGCGUAUGAAAAUUACAUUGCGUGGCUUGGAGGAUCAAUAUUUGGAAGUACAAAUAAUUUGAACAUACUUUCACAGACAAGGGAAAAUUAUAUAAAUGAAAAUUAUGUUCCAGAUUGGCCAACAACUUUCACUAGGCAAAAAAUUGAAUAAAUCAUAAUAACCACACUUUAUAUAUACAUAUGUAUAUGUUUUUUUUUAUAUAUAUAAAUUAACAUUUGGUCGAUCAA